UCUGGUAAGCACACACAGCCCCAAGACAGGGAACUGAGGAGACCAGGAGACAGGGAACUGAGUCCUCUUUAUCUUUUACCCCACCCUGCCAUCAGCCUGUCAAGCAUUAAGGAACACAUGGAGACUAAAGAGAGAAAUGGGAAAAAAUGAAAAACAGGAAUGGAAGAAUGGAAGAAAAGGAAAGAAUGGAGAGUGCCUUUGAGCUCUCUACUUUUGCUCAUCCAUUCAGAACUACAGAGGAGACAGGACUUUUGAUCUUGCCUACAGACAAGAAAACCAGGCUCAGGAAAGCAGGGAGCAUUUCUCAAAACCUGAGAGGAUAUCAGGAAUCAAGCUAACUAGCUUUUCCUGGAGAAUUUGGGUCCAGCCUUUCCUGCCUUGUUUACUACUGAGAUAACAUUUCCCCAGCCUGACAGCCUCACAGAGUCAAUCAAUAACCAAGGAUACCUAUUAUACAGCACGGUGGGUGGAGCCUGUGCUACGAUCUGUCUAUAAGACCACUUCUCAGUUCCUGAGGAGAAGUACAGUGCAGAGCUCCUGACCUUUGCACCUGGAUCUGCAACCAUGAAGGUGGCAACUAUCUUUCUUGGUGCCUUGGCCCUGCUCAGUUUAGCAGGUAACACUACGGCUGACUUCGCAGGCAAAAAGGCUGAUUGCAAUUAUGGAGUUACAGGAUGUCCCAGGAUUUAUGACCCUGUGUGUGGGAUGGAUGGAAUUACUUACUCCAAUGAAUGCACCCUGUGCUCUGAAAACAGGGAACGCCAGGUUCCUGUCCUCAUUAGAAAAUAUGGGCCUUGCUGAAAGUCAAGAUUUCGAACGCUUUUAAGACUACCACAAUGCUUGGCUAGCCUGUUUGUUGAAUAAAUGCAUCUGAAUAGA